AUUAUCUACUAUUGUAAUGAUGGAAUUUGUUAUCGUUUUGAUAUUUUGUGUGGUUCUUGUGAUUGCUGUAAUGGUAAUUGGUUCCGGGAUGGGGAAAGCUACUUCGUCGCAGCGUCAGAUGGACAUCAUUAACGUCGCUCAGAACUUAUAUCUUUUAAUUAGGAAAGGCGACUUGAAGAAAUGUGACGUUACGCAGACGACCGCGUUUCUUCUCAACAUCGCAAAGUCAACUGUUCUCAAGUACUACAAGAAAGACAUUGAAGAAGUUUCAACACCAGGAAAAAAGAGGAAAAAAAGGCCACAGGAAGGAAAGUCACUUGACACAGUCGACGAUUUCACAGUAAAUGCAAUCAGGAAUGCAAUUUACAGGAUGUACGCUGAAGGUUUGAAUGUUACAGUCGACACCAUUUUGAAAGAAAUCAGGGAAAGACAAAUAGAUUAUUAUGGUGGAAGAUCAAGUCUUCAUAAAUUGUUAAAGAAGAUGGGAUUUUCAUGGAAAACUGUUGAUGGACGAAAAGCUUUGAUAGAGAAUGAAAACAUAGUAUUGCAGCGAAUAGAUUUCUUGAGAAAGUAUAAAGAAGAAAAAGAAAGAGGUGCCAAUUUCAUAUUUGUUGAUGAAACAUGGAUUUUCCAGAGAGGCAAGGCAUUAAUUUAUUUGAAAAUUUGUUCUGUGGUCCAAUACAAAGUAUUUCAUUUCCAUUUCAUAUAUUUUUCAGGAACUGUAUCAAAGUCAUGGCAGGACAAGAGUCUACAAUCUGCGAAGAGACGUACUGUUGGAGAUGGUAAAAGGUUUAUUGUUGUUAAUGCUGGAGGGCGCACUGGCUUUGUGCCAGGAGCAGGAUUACUUUUUGUUUCAGGUCAGAAGACUGCAGACUACCAUGGCGAGAUGAAUGGGGAAACUUUCUUGAUGUGGUUUGAAGACAUGUUGGUGCAUCUUGAGGAACCCAGUGUCAUCAUAAUGGACAAUGCUUCAUAUCACAGCACCCAGGUUGAGAAAACACCUACAACGAACUGGACCAAGGCUGCACUGAUCGCGUGGCUGGAGAAGAAUGGGAUAAAACAUGAAAAUAAUUUGUUGAAAGUGGAGCUGCUGAGAAUAGCUAAACAAAACAAGCCCCGAAUACGAUGGGCGAGGUGUGUGGAUCACGUGGAGAAGCUAAUUCAAGCAGACUGGGAGAGAGAAGUCCACAUAGACAGCGGCACCAUUCCUCCACUCAUCAUCCACCUCGGCGAGGAUAGUUCAAGUGAAGACAGUGACAGCGAAGAAUUUGAGGUUACGACACAGCAAGUAGAUGGAGACAGUGAAGUACUGGCAGCUCCUCUUGAUGAUUUACCCGGGUGUUCUUAUUGAGGUCUGUAUGUAAUAAACACCUGGGCAACUGUAAGUAUUGGGGUUUGAAACAUUUUUUUUUUCUUUUAUGCAUUCCCAUGAAGUAUGUUGAUUACUGGAACUUUAUGUAUUAACUUUAUAUUACACGUAUUAUGAAAUGAAUAUUAAAUUUCAUUUCUGGAUUCGUAUAGGUGUAUGUGAAACAUUUUAUUUUGUUGUGUGUCUUCAUUUUUCAGUGAACUUACUUGGAAAACAAAAAGCCAGUCCCCAUCCAGGGCCACAAAUAAAUAAUGCAUAUAAGUGGUAUAGAAAUUACUGUCAAUUCUUCACCACAAUUUUACUGUUCAUAAAAUUAUGAUUUUGUCUAAUAAGUAUACUCAGGAAAAUGUAUAUAACCAUAUUUUUAUUUGUGGCCUUAACCGGCAAAAUGGUAGGGGUUUAUUAAAUAAAAGAAGAAAAUUCAUUUUUAAAUGUUUUCAUCUGAAUUUGUUAAUUUUAUUAAACCUUCAAUCCUUAGUCUUUUCCAGAUUGCUUAGAUGGACAGCCAUAUGUAUAAUUUACAAUACUUUUUUUUUCAGAUGCAGAAAACUGUGUUGAACUGUACUAAAUGAUGAUAUUUAUUGCUUACAUAAAUGUUGUAAAUUUAUAUAUUCUCCUAAAAAUUUACUUUAAAUUAUAUGUUAUUUCUUUAGCUAACAAACUUAUUUUUUAAUAUUUUUACCAUUGGGUAUCAUAAAUAAUGUUAUGAACAUAUGCAUGUAUACUUAGAUCAUAUUCAAAUUACUUUUAUAUAUAUAUAUAUAUAUACAUACAUACACACAUUGUUUUGACAGCUGGUGAUUGUAAACAAACCAUUUGACAUUUGUCACAUGGCAAUGUUUUUGUUUACAUACGGCGGAAGGAUACAUAGUGACAUUAAAGUAGAUCCGGUGAAAAGCAGGGCUUCAGAAAAGUAGGAGGUUACCGUGGAUGGACUAUAGUUAAAUAUGUAAGUGGUAAUGUCCGAAAAAAUGAUAGAUUUAUACUUUAAAAUACAUUGUUUUAUACGGAAAAAAUACAUACACAAAGCUCUUGGAUUCUAAUAGGGGACCAAAAACAUCAUGCGACUGUACGCGAUAGGUUUUUUAAUCCAAAUUUUGACGCCCUUAAAUAUCUGUGCGACGAUUAUGCGCAUGCAAUGAUUAUGCGAUAAAAUAUAAAUAUGAGAUUACGUUGUGGAGUGUUUGAAAAAUAAUGGUUUUGUGAUUUUAUGCUUCUAGCACAUGUCAAAUAUCCAUUGAGUAAUAAAAAUGCUCUUAGAGUCUUGUCCUGUUGAACAUUAUGAACUCUACUGUCAAGUUGAGUUUUAACCACACGCUCAACUCGGCUCAAGUUUUUGAGUUUCGGCCAUCCCUAGUUAUAAGAAUGUUACUUUUCCAUUGCCAGUUGAACUGUACAUUUGUUAGUCAUAGUACUUAGUUAAGAAUUGUCUGUAAAACAAUUACUGUCAAAAAGUGUUUAUCAUGGGAAAAUACAUUUACUGAUUAUUUUAAACCCCUACAUACAAUCUAGAAUUAAUGGUUGGUAGGGACAUUUAUGAAGCCGAACCAAUAUAUUUUAAAAGUCAUAAAAACAAUUAAUUAGGUAGCUUUCUUUGUAGAUACUUUUUUUUUUCUCCUCUAAAUCAGGCAGUAAAUUAAUUGCAGCUUUUUUAUUUAUGCUCGCAGCUUUACUAUUAAUUCUCCAAAAUCGUUGCAUUAUUAUAAUAAUAAAAAUUAUUACGUAAAUAAUUGGAUUUGAAUAAGUUUGUAAUUAUCGUCUUAAAAGCCCAUUUGUUGCUUCAGUUUAAUUCAGUGAUUUUCCAUGUUGCUAAGAUUAUUGUCGUAGUUUUAUUUUGAAGACAAUCAGUGAAUGUGUUUAAAACAUUUUUAAACAUUUCUUCUUAUGUAAAGAGGGAAAACUUAAGCAAAAGUAGACAUGAACAUUUCUAAACCAUGCCCAGUGUAAUAUGUUUUCGUCCAAAACAAAAAGUUGCUAGUAAACUUUUAGAACUGUUCUCCAGUUGAUAAAUCUAUUGGUAUUAGAAAUAACAAAAUUAUAAAGUAGCUUGGCUUCUGGGUUGUAGCCGUGUCCUUGGUGAAUAAUUCACUGACGUUUCGGUCGACAUUGCAGUAGCCAUCAUCAGGGAGCAGUUACCUUCUGAAAGCCUGAGAACAUUAUUAACAAAAUUAUAGUUUCUUCAUAUCUCACAUAACUCAAUGUUUAAAAAAGGAAUCCAAAAAAACUACCAAUGUGUUACAAUAUGCUGUGUUUAAUAACAUGCAAUUGCACCAAAGAUAAGAAAAUAAAACCGCUCAGCAAUGCAGAAACCAAUAAUAACUCCCUGUAGAUUCUUUCACCUUUUCUGGCACUCAGGUCUGUGCAGAGUAAUAAUUAAAAAACAAAUAAAUAACAUCUAAUACGGUAUGUAUAGUAUUUAGUGUGUUUCAUGUAUUGAGCUGUUAUUUUAGGUGUGAACUUACUUUUUUUUUUAUCCAUGCUGUGCUCAUUUGAAAUCUAUGUCACAUCAACAUAAUUUUCUUUUAUACAUUACUAACAAAAUUAAAUGCCAAUUUUUAGUUUACAAAUCUGUACAUACAAAGUACCUUUUGAAAUGAUAACUGGCAUAUUAGUGGAAAAUUGAUUCAUGUCACAAGACUGUGAAUUAUCAGGAAAUUCACAUCUCGGAUAAAUCAUCUUUUAAAGAAAUGUUAUACUAACUUACCAUCAUUUUGCUAGUGAUAGAAUUGAAAUGGUACUUAUGAAACUACUUUGCAGGGGCACUUUUCCUUUGUUCUCACAGAAGCAGGCUCAUCACAGCUGGAGGACCACACGUUUACUUGUGAUCAAGUGAAUCAUAUUUACAGGAUUAUCCACCCACGAAUCGCUACACCAGUCUCACAUCUCGCAGCCAGAAUUGUGCGCACGGCACACCCUUUGUCUUUCACAACAUGGCAACCCUUUCACACCAUGUUCUGCCAGUGACUUAACUCAUGAAACAAACAAAAACUGACAAGUUAACAAUGUUAUCUAGUAACGGUGUUUUUCAACGGUCGGUGCCAAAAACAACUCAUAACUUUACUUCAAUCAUAUACCAUUUUCAACAUAGUUCAUAUUGUUUAUUCACAAAUAUAAAAUAUGUGAAACUUAUUAUUAGUAAUCAUUUUCUAAAUUUCCUAUACUGUACCAUUCUCAAAGAAUCUUUCUAUGCUUAUACUGACAUGAGUGAACUUUCCACCAGAAGCUUGUGGAAUGGCUGACAGAUGAUUUCCAGUACCUUCAGUACCAAAGUCAUGCAUACACUAUACACUUGAAAUGUUUCUGGUUGCUUUGAAAAGAUUUAGAAGCAAAAUGGAGGCCUAAUUUAUUUCACUGUCCGUGGAAUAAAAUGGUUUAGUCACAUUGACCUUUAUAAAUGUAGCACUCUUCGUAGUCUUAAUUUUUAGUACUUGUGUGGACUUGGUUUAUUAUGUGGCAGCAGUUGCCUAUGUUUCUGAUGUUGGUUUUAAGAAGUUUUAAAUAGCUAUAAGUAAGCUAUGUCAAUUCAUUUUUUUUUAUCAAAGUGCCAAAAUACGAUGUUACCUUUGCAGAUAGGUAUACUGAUAUUUUCAAGAUACAGAAGAACUAUACUAUUUUAUAAAAUUAAAGUUACAUAAGUAACUAAAAUGUAACCUCUGUGCGUAUUAUAUAACUCGGAUCGAGUGAAGGACUUACUUCACCAGCUAAAGAAACUUGGAAGCUCUGAUUUCAUGAACAGAAAAAUGCUACUUUCUUAUUUUUAAUAUCAGUUUAGCAUUAAUUUUCUAUUUAUGUUCUAGUCAAAAGGGGCGGAUAUGUUUUGUUAAUGAAAAAUUAAAAAGGUCCAACUUUAGAAUGUUAGCAAAAAACGGAGCAAGUCUUGUAUAUAAUAUAGUGAUUCAUUUUUAAAAAGGAAACAAGCAGAGACACAGAAAAUGCAGACACAUACCCAGUAGCGGCCGGUGAUGUUAAAUUAUGGGUGUUCACACACUCAUACAUACACACAUGCUAACACAUAUGCACUCAUAAAGAAAAUAAAAAAGACCUCCUACCUUACUGCGUACUAGAAGCCUGUUUUGGUGUCAGAUUAUCUAUGUUGGUGCGGCACCGUAGCAGUUACUGCUUAUCUUGGAGUCGUGAAAGAUAUAUUUCGUUUAUUACACAAACUCAUGUCUGUAAUUGUAGCCCGAAUCAACACAACGAAGCUUAUUGAGCAGACUAGUUGUUUUUUAAGAAAUUUUAAAUUGUAAUUCAAAAUGGUAGAUCGCUGAUCAAGCCUCACAUAAAUAAUAAUAAAUUAUGUUUGAUGUUCUUGAUUUUUCAAAUUUGUGGCUGGGCUUAAGCUUAUCAAAGUGUUGUGCCUGAAAGCAAUGUGAAGCUAAAAAAUAUGAUUCUGGUUUUCAGCUGAGCAAACAUGUUGAUGAAUUUAUGAUUAAAAUCAUGCAUGCUAUUUAUUAGUCUUUUUUCUAUUGACAACAUUGCUAAAGGAGUAAAUCUUUCUUCUGACAUAGUGUUCCUAAAUUUUUAAUUGUUAACUUUUCCUUGUAGUAAGUUUUCUGUUCGCUAAAAUUGUUUGUACGGAAUUCAUUAUGGCGAUUUUUAAAAAUUGUACAUGUUUGCUAUACGCGCUAAAUAACGCAGUCACAUUUUCACAGUUAAAGUCUUACAACAAAGGGAAACUUAAUAAAAACGGUACCUCAGAAAAAUGUUGUCCUGCGUAAGGCACAGAAAAAUAUUUUACAAAUGCACAGUCACACUAAUUAUUUAAAGAUAUUUACGCUCGCAUUGAACCACACACAACUAUUUUUUUCUACUGGACUUAAAAACUGAAAACGAAAAGUUUGUUUGGUUAGGGGUGAUAGUAUUGGAGUGGACAAUCCUGGCAUCUACCGGGCUGAUUCAUAAGUUAUGGCUUACUUCUCUGAUCAGUGCUGCUGUGCGUGCUGAAAUUUGGAACUACAUCAAUGAAACGCCAGGACAAUCACGAGCACACCAGAGCCGUGCACUCGUCCAGUGUUAAAUGUCCCGUAGGAGGUGACGUAAUUCCUUCGUGCGCAUGCGCAAAAGGACCGAGGCAGGCAUGCAGGCAGCGCGUUUCGUGCACAGAUCCAUUGUGAACACUACAGCGUUGCCGUAUCGCAGCAAUCGAAAAAAUAAAAACAGACAUCCGUGACAGAUGCAAACAAAGCGACGAGUGUUACUCUGGUAGCUGCCACUGGUAAAAGUAGAUAAAAAGGAACUUUUAACUCUACAAAAUAAAUAAAUGUUCUGUAGAAAACUGGGUGUGCACGUGCACUUGUGCUCUUUAAUACCAGCCGCUACUGCACAUACCCCCGGCUUACUUGUGUGAAGACCGUGACAAUUUGUCUCUCCUUUAGAGAUCUUUGCAAAUAAAUAUGGUACUAAUGUUCCCAAAAAAGUUUAUUGAAAAAAAUUAGAAAAGUGAGCAGUUGAGUACUAUUAUGUUGUAGCAGCCUAUAUUUUUUUCUUUUAGCUUGUAUUCAUCAAAAAUUAUGGUUUCAAGUAUCUACAUAAGUUCCGUAACUACUAAAUAUCUGCAAAAUCACAUUAUGUUGAUCCAGUUUGGCACAGCUCUAGUUAAAUAAGAACUUUGUAAUAAAAAUCAGUUUAGUGCAGAAAAUUUGUACAAACAGUCUUGAAAGUCAGUAAUUACAUAUUUUUAAAUCUUUUCUGCUCGGUCCUUGUCUUGCCAGGUUAUCAAGUAUUUUUGUAUAGUUUUUGGAAGCAUGUCUGUAAAUAUGUGUCAGAUUCCAUCGUAAAUCAAGAAUUAAUAUUUGUAUUGUGUGUUAAAUGAGUUAUGACUUGUUGUUUUUAUGGUUGUGGUUGUUGUUAUUUGUGGCUGUCGUUUUAAUCAGUAGUAAUAACAAAAAAAUAUUUCAGGGUUUGAUGCACAAUGAAAUAGUUUUUUAUUGUUUAAAUAGUGAAAAUCAUUCAUUUUUAUACUUUGUAUUUAUGGUUGAUAUUUUUAUGUAUUUCUUUACCCAAUUUUUAUUUUUUAACCAUUUAAAUUUUCAUGUAAAUAUUUUUUGGUUUUACAUAACAUGUUACAACAGACUUAAACCUUGUGCAGCAGCUUGUUUAAUAAUAGUGUAAGUGUUAGUAAUCUCUUGUGAUAGAAUGACUGUAUUUUUACUAACAUAACCAUCCAUUUUUCAUGUUAUAAGUAGUAUUUCUUAAAUGAUUGUGAAAAAUGUUUUAUACUCUCUUUGAAAAACCAAAGUUCACUGGGCCAAUGUUAGUAUUCAUCCAUACUAGUGUCACCUUUAAUGUGCUAAAGGUAUGGAAUAGUUUUUAUCAUAGUUAAAGUUUUAUUAUUAUUACCAAAGUGUUUUUUUUUGGGCGUAGCUUUCAAAUAUUGUAAAAUUAGUGUAGUUUAACACUCUUCAAAUAAUUUUGUUACAGUUCUGAUUUCUAUAAUAAAAUUGUUCUAAUAUCCUAAUUCUACGAUGUUAGUGUAAGAAGCUUAAUUCUUAUAAAUUUAUAUUUUCACUGAAAGUUUAAACUUUGACUAGCAUAGAUACUUCUAAUAGAUAAGUUUUUCACACACAAUAACCAUAUUCUUUACGAAUUUAAGUGAUGCACUAGCGGUCUGCAAGUAUUCACUAAAUAUUCUAUAUUCAUUGAUAAUUCCAUAUUAAACUCAACAUUUCAAAGAGAAAAUUUUUAUUUUUAAAUCUUUUGUUAUAUAUAGAUACAACUGGGACUCAUUCACAAAAAAUUUAAAUGAAAUGAGUUUAACAUGUAUGAAGCCAAGAAGAUUUAUUGAGAAAUUGGUAUUGGUUUUUUUGGAACAUAAAACUUCCAUUUUAUAUAUAAAUAAUAUCUAUAGUAAAAAUUAUUAAAAAAAAACACUAUUUUAUGUAUAUGAUCAGUUUAAUCAACAUAUAAAUUUUCAAAGCUUAAAAUUUUCUUAUUUGAAGAAAAUGCUUUGUCAGGCUUUAGAAGUUAUACUUCUUUAGGUACAUUGAGGUUGUAAUUUUAGCAAGCAAAGGAAAUUUGAUUAAGUGAAUGCACACCAUGGACAAACUUUGCUUUGAGCAUGAUCCAUAAUUCCAAGCAUCCACGUGGUUAGGAGCCUAAUAUAAUUGUAGAGGUUAAAUUUUCUCUGAAGGGUUUCUUUGUAUUGCCGUAACUUUUAACUGAACUUCACGUUAAAUUGUGUCUAAUUCAGUGUAUAAAUAAUUCUUUAAAAAUAAAUUACUUAUCUAAUAUCAACUGGUAGUAUUUUAGCUCUGAUUGUUAUUUCCACACUACCUAAUUAAAACAGGGUAUUAUCAUAAAUGCUGUUUGACAUUCUUUGCAGUGUUCAAUUUUAUUAUAUAUUGUAGCAUUUAAUAUAGUUAACAUUGUGAUAAGGGUUGUCUACAAUAUGGUAUUUUAUUUUUGGUUUUGUAAUAGUUGCUACUGUAUUUUUUAGUUUUAUUUAUGGGGCUAAUUGGUUUAUGGUCUUAUGUUAGCUUUAAUUUUUGUACAUUUAAAUAUGAUGAAAUGACUGUUUAUGCAUUUAAGAAUAGUAUUUGAGUUGUAACAUUUUUUUGUAGAAAUAGAACAAAAUAAUAUAUUUUUGAAACGUUUUGUUAUGUCUUCAAAGUAAUUAUCGUGUAAAAUAUUUUUUUAAAUUAUUUCACUGGUUUCAGAAUGUGCAUAAUUUAAUAGUUUAACAUCUGUGAGUUGUUUGGUUUUCAGAAGUUCUGUGAAUUGUCACAAGUAUAAAAGCAUUUGUCAAAAAUGUAUCCUAAUAUUAAGGAAUAAAGAAGUGAGUAAUCAGUGAAGUUUA